GAGGAGAACGGACCCACCCGACCCUAACGAAGGAACAGAGAGAAGAGUUGAGUAAAAGAAGAGUAAUAAAGCUAAGGAGAGGCAGGAGGUGCAAUCGAGCGAAGGAAAAGGAGCGCAUUUUAGCACUACACAAUCUGUACAGCCCGUGAAGCGAGAAUAAAAGGAUACAUCAUUUCCUCUUUGUUGUAUUUAUUGACUAGCCACAAGAGCCUCGCCAUCUUAUUCAACUCUCCCUGUUUCCUCUAGUUGGAGGUCUAGCCUUUAUAUAUUGAUAUCUCUUAAACCAAACACAGUUCAAGAUGGGUUGCUGUGCUAGCGCUCCAGAGCAGCCGAGAAAGAAAUCGAAUAGUAUGUCAUAUACUAAUCAAGGAGGAGGAGGAGGGGGAGUCCCUGUAGGUGGAGCUAACUCGUAUCAGCCAAAACCAAUGAACCCAGGCGGGUACCCUCCAUCAGCAGCUUAUCCUUCCAGUGCUGCCCCUAGAGGCCCUCCUGGGUACAAUAUGGGGGGUCCACCUCAGAUUGGAGGGGGGGCCAUGGUCCCGCAAGUUGGAGGUGCUGUACCUCACAUCGGAGGAGGGACUAUGGGAGGAGCUAGGAGUGCACUCAUGUUUAUUGGACUUUAUCGAUAUGAGGCUAGGACUCCUGAAGAUCUUAGUUUUGAUAAAGGUGAUCAGUUACAAAUUAUGAAUAAUAGUGAUGGUGAUUGGUGGCUGGCCCGUUCGCUAAGGACCGGCAGAGAAGGCUACAUCCCGUCUAACUAUGUUGCUGCUAUGGAGAGUGUGCAAGCACAAGAUUGGUUCUUUGGUAAGAUCAAGCGUUCCGAUGCAGAAAAGAAGCUCCUACAGAUCGGGAAUCAGUCCGGGACUUACCUGAUCCGUGAGAGCGAGAGUCAGCCUGGAAACUACUCUCUCUCUGUCCGUGACGGAGAGUCGGUCAAGCACUAUCGUAUCAGGAAGGUUGACUCAGGAGGUUGCUACAUAGCACCACGGGCUAUGUGCAAGUCUUUAGACGACCUCGUGAAUCAUUACAAGAGAGAGGCUGACGGUCUCUGCUGUCGUCUCACUGUCCCUUGUCCAAAGUCCGAUAAACCGGUGACCGGUGGUCUCUCGUACAACACAAAGGACGAGUGGGAGAUUGAGCGCACGUCACUCCGUCUCAUUAAUCGUUUGGGGGCGGGGCAGUUUGGAGAGGUGUGGGAGGGGCUUUGGAAUAACACCACGUCCGUUGCUGUCAAGACUCUAAAGAUUGGUACCAUGUCUGUUGAGGACUUCCUCUCUGAGGCUCAGAUAAUGAAAAAACUCCGUCACGAGAAGCUGAUCCAGUUGUAUGCCGUCUGUACUCAGGAGGAACCCAUUUACAUUGUCACGGAACUGAUGAAGAAUGGCAGUUUGUUGGAUUACCUCCAAAAAGGAGCUGGACGCCAUCUUAAACUACCAGAACUCAUUGAUAUUGGAGCUCAGGUUGCUAACGGAAUGGCUUAUCUUGAAGCCCAGCACUACAUCCAUCGUGACUUGGCAGCCCGUAACGUCCUAGUAGGCGAGGGAAACAUUGUCAAGAUAGCCGACUUUGGUCUUGCCCGUCUUAUCAACGACGACGAAUAUUGUGCAAGAGAAGGCGCUAAAUUCCCCAUCAAAUGGACGGCACCGGAAGCUGCCCUCUACUCUCGCUUUAGCAUCAAAUCAGACGUCUGGUCGUUUGGUAUCCUACUAGUUGAACUGAUCACCCACGGCCGUAUUCCGUACCCCGGUAUGACAAAUGGCGAAGUCCUAGCCAAAGUAGAGCAAGGCUAUCGUAUGCCGGUCCCCCCUGGCUGUCCAGAGCCAUUGUACCAGAUCAUGUUGGAUUGUUGGAAGCAGGAGGCUGAUGAGAGGCCUACGUUUGAGUAUCUCCAUCACACCCUUAAUGAUUACUUUGUUUCUGCAGCUGACACUGCUUAUAGGAUGCUUACAUGAGAAAGGAGCAUGGCUGCUUAGCCUCUACUAUGGUGACUGUUACUAUUAUUAUUAUUAUUAUUAUUGUUAUUGUUGUUAUCCUGACUAUCUGUCAUUAUUGUGUUUCAUGAGGGAUUUAUUUUUAUUUUCGUUUUCUUUCUUCGUAACGUUUUGUAUACGUACAUGUACUUGUUUUUAGUUUCCUGCUGCUCCACUCUCCUUCCUGCCUUACUCUCUCUCCCUUCCUUUCUCUCUUCCUCUACUCUUGUGUGACCAUGUGGUGUGGGUAAGCUUAGGGGUGUGGUUUUUAAACUGUCACAAGCAACCAUACAUACUUGCAGCUGAUUAUUAUUAUUAUUAUUUUGACGUGACGUACAUUAUUAAUAAUAGCCUUAUCUUAUUGUAUUAUUGAUUAUUAUUAUUAUUAUUAUAGAUUUUUGUUUUUAUGUGUAUUUUUGAACGAUUCUCUUUUUCAUAAUUUUAA